AUGGAGUUGGGUUUGAGUCUGGGUGAAACGUCAAAGGGAUUCACUUUGCUCGGCAAAUCACAGAAAAUUAUUGACGAAGAUGAUUUAGGGUUCUGCAUGGCUUUAGGAAUGAAGGGAGAAGAUGAAAUCAAGAAGAAAGAAACAAGGAAUGAUGGUGAAAGAAAAGGGUCUUCAUCAGAUCUACCACUUCAGCUAGAUCUUCUGCCUUUCUCUCCUGUUCCACACAGUCAAAAAUCAUCAAAUCUUCGUUUCCCUUGGCUCACUCAAAACUUGGUUACUGAACCGAGGAAAGGGUUGGACGAAAACCAAAGGAACUUAACGGCUGAGGAAGUCGAAGAUGGUGCAGCACUGUCAUCUCCAAACAGCACAGUUUCAUCAUUUCAGAUGGAUUUUUCGAUUUAUACAAGGGGCAAAAGAGAUGCAAACGAAGUUGAGGCGGACAGAGGGGCUUCUUCAAGAGCAAGUGACGAAGAAGAAAAUGGUAUGGCCAGAAAAAAACUUAGGCUCUCAAAAGAACAGUCUGCUUUUCUUGAAGAGAGCUUCAAAGAACACAACACCCUCAACCCUAAACAAAAGCUUGCUCUUGCAAAGCAGUUGAAUCUCCGUCCACGCCAAGUUGAAGUAUGGUUCCAAAACAGAAGAGCUAGAACAAAGUUGAAGCAGACAGAGGUAGAUUGUGAGUAUUUAAAGAGAUGCUGUGAGAAACUGACAGAUGAAAAUAGGAGGCUGCAAAAGGAGAUUCAAGAAUUAAGAGCUUUAAAGGCUUCACAACCUUUAUACAUGCAGCAACCUGCCACAACUCUGGCAAUGUGCCCUUCUUGUGAGCGCGUGACCACCUCGACCGCCACUCCCUCCACCAAAACUGCUACGACCACCACCACGGCUAUGAACGCUACUAAUAACGGACUCUCUCUUGCUAAACCUAAAUUAUAUUCAUUUUUGCAUGCUCAACAGGCUGCUUCUUGA